AUGCUGAUUGGAUACAGGAGGAUAGGUAUCUACCAUGGAAGGCCCGCAUCUAUCCAUCGCUCCGAGAUCGAUGUCAAGUUGCCUUCCAGUGAAUGCGAUGUCAUUGGCCCUUCGACCGCAUCUGGCACGUCGCAUCUAUUGCAGUCAAUCCACCUCACCAGCCAGGCAGAAGCCUUUCUUUGUGAAAUCUCGCUCCUCCGCAGAUGCAAACGGUCUAGCAUGAUAGACAUAUUCCGGCGCAUCAGGCAGCUCAAGAUGGGCACCAGAGGCUGGCGACCACCAGGCAGCAGUGGACCCUCCCUAGCACCGGCCAGCACGCGCGCCGAGACGCAUUCCCGACUGGAUCGUUGUCUUUUGGAGAUGUUUAUCGGGCGCCCGUUCAUUCUACUUCAUCGUCGUACCAAAGCUAGCGGCCAAGUACGCAGAGGACAUGACAUCAACGCUAGUAUGCCACCCGCUCCUGCUCCGCUUCAGUCGGACGAGGAGUGCGAAUUUCUGGUCCAGGAUUGUGUGGCUGCUGCAAGAGAGGCUAUCGGAAUCUGCCAUGCCAUGCAGGAAGGGGGCCUCGGACUUGCGCGAUCAUCUUACAUCGAGUAUAGCUCUUGUCGCGCCGGCUUGCUCGUAUUGAUAGCAUACGGCAUUUGCUACUGCACGAAUGAGUAUGUCGGCGUCUUGCAGAAAGGGCUCCAGGUGCUGCGUGAGAUGGCUUCCGCGAGUGAGUCGGCACGCUCGGAGGUGUCUUUGCUGGAAACACUUGAGGCGUCGUUGCGGCGUCUCCGUGGCUCGACACAACCGGUACAGACUACGACAACGCCAUCUAGCUUGAUACAGGAAAGCUAUGAGGGCUUCGCGGAUUGGUACAAGAACCGAAACAAGGCCGCUGCUACAGGAGCAAGCAGCACACCAAGCGCCCUACUUCAGUCGUCAGUUUCGAAUGUAACAAGAAUUGGCGUUGAAGAUUCCAUGAGCAUGCAGAACGAGCCCCAAUACCACAGUGGACCUUUCGAGUUUGAUCUCUUCGGAGAUGGUACCUUCCCAACGCCAGAUUACGGACAGUACAGCAAUGCAGAGAAGGAGUUCCUGGACAGUCUUCCAUGGAUCCAAGACUAG